GGGCACUAAGAGAGACCAGAGAGAGCCACCAAACUCGGGGUGUGUCAGAUGUCUCUCUUUGCCGACAGCGGGAGCAGCGUGUGAUAAUCCUGGUGGACGGGUCUAUUUUUACCGCUGUGUUCUGCCCUGUCCACUGCUGCUCUGUGUCCUCCAGAACCCAGGCAAGCAACUGGAGAGAGGACACCUCCACACACACACAUACAAACACAGGUGCUGUCGGGAUUAUAUACUCAACCUGUUGGACCAGAGAGCUGCGGUUCGCUCUGGGACAUCUUCAGAGGAAUACUGGACGGUUUGGAGCACAAGUAAAAGACUGAGUACCCAGGAACAGAAGAAAAAAAGGGACAACAAAAGGAGAGCGGGAAACGAAGAGAGAGAGAGCUGAGGCAGUGAGGGGAGAGUGCUUCGGAGGCAUUAAGGAAGAGAGGGGCAGUUAUAACUCUGCGUAACACUGUAUGAGGUGUGGAACUGACAGAGUAGACCAUGUCCAGCGAAGGUGACAGUGGAGGUCAGCCUUCCUCGACCACUAUCAGCACCAUUGCAGUCCAGGCUGGGGAUUCCCAGAUCAUCAUCACUCUCCUCAAGAGUGGGCCGCUACUGCAGCUUCAGUUAACCGAGGCCCAGCCAGACCUGCUGGAGAUGGGCAGCAACCAAGAAGAAACCAAGAAACUCAUGGAGGAGCACGACCAGCUCCUGACCAAACUCAAGAAAUACGAGGGAGGAGUGUGGGCUCUGCUGGAGGAAGCAGACAAAACCGCGGAGGAGAAGAGGAGGGAUGAGGGGGAGGUGUAUGAGGCCAUGGCUGACACGCUGAGCCAGGCAUGGAGCAGCCUCAUCUCCCUGCUGGAGAGGCGCAAGACACUGCUGCAGUUGUCCUCCGAGUUUUUUGACCGCGCGCUGGAGUUUGCCAUCAGGAUCGACGAGGCGGAGGAGUUCCAGAGCCGAGGCCAGGAGCUGGAGGACACAGAGAGUCUGAGGGAACUGCUGCAGACACACAGCGUCAUGAAGAGAGGUUUGUUGGAGAGGUCCCUGCUGGUUAUGACCAAACGUGAGGAGCUGAUGUCGUGUCUGCGGGAGCUGCAGCAGAUGGAGGAGCUGCGAGGCUGCGGCGCUGCAGGGCUGCAGGGGUGGAGCAGCAGCUGCAGCAGGGUGGAGAGCCUGGUGGAGAUCCUGCAGGACAGGCGCAGGCAGGUGGACCUCAGCAUGAACCAGCAGCAGCUCCACCUGCAGCUCAUCCUGCGCCUCUUCCAGUGGGAAAGACAGGAACAGGAAGUGACAGAGUGGUUCAGGAGCCAGGCAGAGGUGUACCUGGAAAGAGAUGCACUGGGCUCCAGUCUGUCCGAGAGCCAAGGGCUGCUUCAGGAGUACAGAGACUUUGAGGCCAAAGCCAAGGAGUGGAGCCUCCUGGUGGAGAGGUUGCUGACUCAGGCCUCAGAGCUGCAGACAGAGGAGCUGCAGCUGCACCCUGAGGAAUGUCCUGAGGCAGGGCAGGUGUGUGAGAGGAGUGGGACUCUGAAGAGCCUCCAAGACAAGCUCUGGAGCCUGAUGAUGGGCCGUCAGGCUCAGCUACAGGAAAGCAACGCCUUCUUUGACAGCGCCAAUAAGGCGUUUGAGGUCCUUGGAGGCAUCGAGAGUCAGAUCAAGAAUCUGAAGACCCAGACGAUGAGUUUAACAGAGCUGGCGAAGAAGCAUGAGGAGCUGCUGAGGAACAUCAAGGAUUCUUCCAUGGAGCCAAUCCAGAGAGGACAGCUCAUGCUGCUGAAGAGCCACCUACACAGUAACCAGAUGGCAGGGGUGCAGAGGAUGCUGGGAUACGUCUGCGAACGAGUCGAGAGUUUGAGUCGGGAGUGCCAUGCCCACAGAGCCCUGGCUGAUAAAAAGCAGCAGUUAGUGUCCUCAUGUGAGGACCUGAUAGACAAGAUCUCCGUGUGGAUAAAGGGCUGCAGCCAUGUUCUAUCAAGCAACACCGAACCUGGAGAGCAGCUGUCUCAGUCUGAGGACCUCCUCAACAAACACCUGGAGCUCUCGGAGCAGACACGGGAGACGGCGGCUGAUGCAGAGGCCAUGUCUGAGCUCCUGCUGGAGCUGAGGGACCUCGAGUGUCCCGAGGCAACCGAGCUCUCCAACAAAGCCAGUCUGCUGGAGGAAGAGCUGAAGACCGUCACAAGGAACAUUAGCCAGCGCAUCGAGAGCAUACGACCAUACGUGGGCUUCCUCAGGAUUGCUGAGGAGGUGGAGGAGCAGAUGCAAGGCCUGAGAGAAUCCUACAACAGGAAGCCAGAAGAGGAAGAGAAUGAAGAGAGUGGAGGAGGAGGAGGUGGUGUGGGGGUGAAAGAGCAGGCUGAUGCCCGCUGGCAGAGCAUGCUACAGAGGUUCCUCACCAUGCAGGACCAGGGCAACAACUUCAUCAACUCUAACAUGGUGAGUGAGAAGCUGAACCUGAAUGUCCGAGCUGCCAUUGUGGUGGUGGAGAAGACCAUGGAGGACCUGACCAAGAGGAAAGGGGACCUGUCAGACCUGUGGACCUCUUGGCAGCUGCAUGUCAGUCACAUCAAGUCUGUCAAGAAGCAGUGGAAGAGGUUUAAAGAACAGUUGAAAAAGACGCUUAAUGACCUGAGGUCAGUGGAAGAGGUUCUGGUUCCAACCACCAAGAUAGACCUGGGCUCAGACCUACAGACAGUCUCCAAACUACUGGAGAACUUCAACCUGGCCAAGCCUCAGUUUAUGCAACUGAAUGCUGAAGUAGAGUACAUGGUGAAGACGUCGGAGCUGCUGGCCCUCAAGGGAGUUCCUGUCAGGGAGAAAAGUGAGAGAGUCACAGAGCUUCUCCAGCUGCACCACAGGAUCAAAGAGAAGAUCAGAGAGUACGAGGCGCUCCUCAACAUGGCCGUCAAGUUCCACCAGCUCCACAACGAGCUGGAGAAGUUGCUGUCGUGUGAGCCGGUGCGAGCCUUCAGUGAGACGAGUCAGGCCCGGACACAGCUGAGCCAGCACCAGGAGAGGCAGAGCCACGUCCGACACCUCCACAAGCUGGCCCUCUCCCUGGGAACGGACAUCACCACCUCCGUACAGCAGUCGCAGGCCACGGGGUUCUGUGUGCGUCGCCUGGCGGAACGUCUUGAGCGUCUGGAGAGAGGCUGUGCCUCCUGGAUCGCCCAGGCCCACCGCUGCGAGGAGAGUCUCACCAGCAAUGUCCACUACUGCGUCUUCAAGGAGGAGAUCACAGAGUUAAGAGAAUCAUUUAAGGACUUGAAGAAGAAGUUAAACAACCUGAAAUUCAACUACAUGAAGAAAAAUGAAAAGUCCAGGAACCUGAAAGCAGUGAAGAACCAAAUACAGCAAAUUGACGUUUAUGUUGAGAAGCUACAGGUGUUGAAGCGUCGUAUUCAGGUGUUCACGGCAAAGGUGUCGUCCAGCUCAGAGCGCCACCUAGUGGGCAGCAGCCCCAGGGAGGUGGAGGAUGCCGUCAACGAGCUCCAGAGGCAGCUGGGAGACUUUGAUCGCAGCGUGGAGGAGUACAGACAGAACCUGGAGAUGAGUGUGAAGCUGCAGCAAGCCAUGGAAGAGUAUCAGUUCUGGUGUGACGAAGCCAGUGCAACCAUUGUGCGGGUGGGAAAAUACUCUUCCCAGUGCCAAACCAGGGAGGCUGUGGCUACCCUCUACAAACAGUUUGAGAAGUUCGUCUGGCCAACUGUCCCUCAGCAAGAGGAGAGGAUCAGCCAGAUCACUGAACUGGCUAUCAAGCUGCACGGUGCUGAGGAGGGCAAGAGGUACAUAGACAAAACUGUCACUAAACACAAUGAGAUAGUGGAGUCUAUCAAAGAGCUGUGUAAUGGACUGAUGGACCUGGAGGCCAAACUACAGACGGGAGCUGUAAAGCAGCUGUCAGAGGACAAGCAGGAUGUGACAGAACUGCAGGACAAAACCUCCAACCAGCUAGCAGAGAAGACCGAAAACCAACUCCUUGACUGUCUGGAUGUGUCGGAGCAGAAAGAAACUGGACAUACUCCGGAACUCACCACAGGGGAUGAUGGGAAAGAGAUCCCAAUCAAGACACUGACCAGUAAGAAUCCUCCUCUGAAGAAGACAGAAAGCCAGGACCUCCCAGACAAGCAGACAGAAGGCGCCAGACACACAGUCCCAGAGAGACAGACUGUGGUGUCAGAGAGCAGCUCGUUCACCCAGGAGGAGUACUCACAGACCAGCCGAGUGGAAACCUUCACCAGCAGGUCCACGGUGGAGAGGAAAGAGGAGCGCCACUCCUCCUUCUCCUGCACGCACACCUUCAACCUGUCUUGUUCUCCACACACACUGUCGGAGAAGGACAGGAAGGCCCAUGCUUUACACCAGUCAGGGCCUGGUGCUCAAGUUAGGGCCAAUUCCCCUCCCCUGGCCCCUUCCUCUGGCCACAGCUUCUCCGACAUCCAGAAAGAGUUCCAGAAGAAGGAGAGUAAGGGACUAGGGCUGAAGAAUGCUCAGGAGCUAACUCAUAACUUUACUGGUUACCACACAUCCUCUGAUCCUCAGGAUGCAGCUGGAGGACUGGCAGAGGCAGAAGCUCUCACAGAAGAGUCACUGUCUAAUGACGAGUACGAAUGCACGUCACCUGAUGACAUUUCCCUGCCCCCUCUAUCAGAAACCCCAGAGUCCAAUAUUGUCCAGUUAGAGAAUGACCUGGAUGACGGCUGCUGUGUAAGCUCCUCCCAUAGCAUCCACAUCAACCAGUGUAACCAGUACAGCCAGCAGAGCCAGACCCAGCCUGAACCCAGCUGCCAGGCCCAGCCCGGUCUGGCAGAGAGCAAUCCCUCCCCCACAGCAGGCCUGGGAAGCAGGUUCAGAGCUGAGUCUUCCUCCUUCGUCCAGAGCCCACUGACUGUCCCUUCUCCCAGCUUGGUCUCCACCACUCUUUCCAGCAUCCUCAAGACCAAGACCAGUCAUCCCAGCCCAGGACCCAGCCUACCCCAGGGCACUGCCCAUUCCAGCAGUUUCCCCAUAGGGAGCUCCAAUCACAACCAUGGUCUCCAACCCGAUUGUGACCUGCCCGGUGCCAGCCUCCCUCCAGACCUAGCCAGCCUACCCUUGGGCACAUCCAGCCAGUUUCACCAGACCAUCUACUCGCUGCAUGAAAGUGUCACUGAGAUCCAGGAGUGUGUGCAUGACCCCUGCGUGCCCCGCGGAGCCGCGGCCUCAGCCCGGCCUUGUUACACGCAUGCCUCCCCUUCUUCACUAACCACAGAGCAGGACCCAGACGUGUGCCGGCCCAUGGCCAUCAGAGAGGAGAUCAGACUGCCCUCCGCCAGCAGAGCCAUGGGCAGCCUGGCAGCACAGGGGCCCUACCUCACCAGACCCCUGGCUAGUGCCACCGUAGUGGAGGGGUCGCCUGUGACUCUGGAGGUGGAGGUCACUGGAUACCCUGAGCCUACACUCACAUGGUUGAAGAACGGCGAGAGCCUGGCCAGUGGCGACCACAUACAGCUGUCCCACAAGGAGGGCAAGCACGCCCUGUUCAUUGAGAGGGUGAAGGAGGGUGACGCUGGGGUGUAUGAGAUCCAGGCCUCAAGCUCCAGCGGCUCAGUGUCUUCUAGUGCCGCUCUGCAGGUGACAGGUAACAGUUACCCCAACCUCUUCACCUCCCUCCAGCUGGACUGGCACACCUGUUUCGGCACGCUGUGCAUCCUCCUGUGGCUGCUCUACCUGUUGGUGCUGUGAGGGGGUAACACCACCCACCCCUGCCAGAACACUUAUCUCCACCCAACCACACUCAACUCCACCUCUUUCCACACACUCUGAUGGACAGCAGUGUUGGCACACAGAACACUGAGUCACUUUGACAACCUCACCUGGGAGAUCACCCAUGUAUCGGAAUGAGGCCACUUUCCUGAUUAACACCACCUGUGAGGCUGUGAGGCUGUGAGGCUGCUAAUUUCCUGUUGGUAAAUAUAAAGUCCUGGGUCAAUGGUAGGUUAAAAACACUGUGGUUGUGAAUAUAUCUAUUAAAGUGCUUCAUGAAAUAACGCCCAAAUAAAUGCCCAAGCCCUAUUGGACAGUAAACCGCUUUAUAUGAUAAACAUUUAAGUACUUGAUCACAGUCAAUUGUUGAUGUUUAUUUCCUGAACACGCCUUUUUAAUAGGAAGUGUCCCCAGUUAAAACCAUAGUCUAGAUAAAUGUAAUCUCUGAUGCUGUCAUAGUACAGAUGUAUUAACCCUCACAUGACUUAUUUAUUAUUAAAUUAUAGACAAUAUAUUUUAAACACAGUUGGUAUUUUAGUAUAUGGAACUUUAUUUUACAUAAUUAUAUCUCCAUCAACUCUGCUUCAUGCAAUAUGUGAUGGAUGGAAAGUGCAUUGCAUACAAGACAACGUGAUCAGCUGUCAACCAAGAGUCAAGGUUAUAGGGAGCUGCAGGAUACAGUCAUGUAGUCUUGUAACUCAGUGCACUGCUUGUUAUAGUUCCCCUCCUGAAAGUUGUUUAAACUCUGAGAUACAUAGGCUUGCAUUAUAAUACUGGUCAGGUCGUCUUAUCGAAUCAUGAUGUCAAAUAAAGUUACAUUGCUGAGUCUCAGAAUGUAUGGUUUUCUUGCUUGCUUUCAUUGUACAGCCUUUUGAGACCUUCUUAAUCCAGGCAGUAUAAGACCCCAAAACAAUGCAUUUCACUGAGUUAUCAUUUAGUGAAUUGUUUACCGAGUUAGGUGUACGUGUUUGCUUUCAAGGCCAUUCGAACGCGAAUUAGCUAACAUCAGUCUGGUGAUGAUUAGCUAGCUGUGAUGUGUUAGGCAAUGGGGAGGUUAGGGAGGGGCUGUCUGCGAUAUCAUCUUACACUCUGUUGCUAACUUAACCCCCCGCUGGGCUACGUAAAUGGGUGUUCCAAUCUAAACCCCCCUCUAGAAUGAGUCAAUGGUUCUUCCAAAGAGACCCCCCUCUGCGAUGAUAACAUGGCUUCCUCCAGGGGUAGUCUGAAGGGCCAUGACCAGAGAAGUGACAAUAAACAGAUUGACACAGAGAGAUUCUGUAUGAUAGCAUCCAACAUUCCUAAUGAUUAAAUAUGCCUAGAAUUAGCCUAAAUCAAGCUCCAUCCUGAAGGAGAAUGUUAAUCAAAAAAGGACUGGAGGACGUGGCAGAAGGCAGGGAGUGGCGUUGAUGGAGGGAUUUUUAAAUAGCCUCAGUGAUGCAUGUUCGGUGGUCAUAUUUAUAGCUAUUCCCUUACAGCAUUGCAAAGCAGUUGAAAAUAACAUUUACAUUUUACAUCUUUGGUGCCUAGUCACAGUGAACUUGUGUAUAUGAGAACUACACAUUAAGUUUUAACCGCCCACAGAAAUAGGAGCUAACAACUAUAUCUUAACAUGCUGUCUGGUACUAAUUAUAAGCUUCUCUCCUACGCUCA